AUGAGUGGGCAGAAGUUGAAGUCUUACAUUCAGACUGACUGGUUCACAGAUUUUCAUCGAGAAGAUGAUCGACAGCCUACCAGGAGGAGACGUGGAGCAUCAAGACUGGGACGCCAGAGAGAAGGACCAGAAGGAAGCUUUGAUGAGGAGGAUGAAGCAUCCCGUGAGAGCCGAGGAACAUCAAGGAGAAGACUAAGAUCCGAAGGACAAGAAGAGUCAGAGCAAGAAGCAACGAGAGGUGGUGUCACCGUGGAGAACUACCUCACUGACUGGGAUCCAGAAUUGCAAAGGCUAAGGCCUUACCGGAUCCUGGAAUCUGGUGACGAUGCCGCAAGUGGUGAAGAAUUUUUCACGCUGAGCCCAACUCAUGGGUACAGAAGGCACUACAGGCCUACCGCUUCUGAACGAGAUGAGGAAGCUGGGACAGAGCUGAUGGGUGUGGAUGAAGGUUUGGCCUAUGAGGAUGUGACCAUUGCAGAAGGCACGACUUUGCCUGAUGACAACUACCUGUGGCAAGACUAUGACAGAGAUGAACCCCCAGAAGCUCUUGAUUGGAACAAGCUGGAGAAUUGCAUCCGGUACUUGAGUGAAGAUGAGGAAAGAAGAGCCAGGAGACUUUUAAGCACUGGACUCUUUUCGCGUUCACAGAUGACGCAAUAUGCACAGGUGCUUUGCGAACAGUGUCCUACCUACUUUGACCUUAUGAAGAAGUUCCCAAGCGCCAAAAUGCCACUGGAGCAGCUACUUUCGAUUCUGCCUCCCAUCAAACCUCGCAUUUACUCCAUUGCUUCUGAUGCAAGAUACAGCCCCAAGGCUGUCGAAUUCACCAUUGUCAUCAACCAAUGGAAGGCCAAGACAGGUGAGUUGAAGACAGGCACAUGCACGAAGUUCAUCCAAGACAUGCCAGUGGGCAAGCAGGUUGCAUGCGCGGUGGUUUGCGGCACCUUCCAGUUUCCGGAAAAGGACACCACGCCCAUGGUCAUGGUUGGUUUAGGGACUGGCAUUGCCCCGAUUCGGUCCUUUAUGCAGGACAAGCUUUACAAGAAGCAGAAUGGCAUCAGCACUGGACCCAUGGUUGUGUUCUAUGGCUGCCGGCACGAGCAGGAGGAGCUUCUCUACAAGGAUGAGUGGAAGAUGUUCGAAAAGGAGGGAGUUCUCACAAAACUGGUUGGAGCAUUCCAGUUUGACAAGCCACACUAUCCGCCAAAGCAGAUCUUCGUGUCUGACAAGAUGGCCGAGCAGCCUGAGCUUAUCAGCGACAAUCUGCUGAAAAAGGGUGGCUACUUCUUCAUGUGUGGUCCAGCUGUUGCAACACCCUCGGUGCAGAAAGCACUCAAGGCAGCGCUGGUGCAAUGCGGUGGCCAAAGCGCGCCAACAUCGGAGCCAGAGGCUGAUAAAUGGUUCAAGGACUUUGUGGCUGCGGGACGGUAUUCGGAAGAGUCCUACUAG